UUAUUAUAUGGAUGAGUACGAUGAUUACUAUGGUGAUGAAGAGCUUGAGUAUUACUAUGGUGAAGAUGGAAUGUUAUAUGCCAUGGAGCCAGAGACCUAUAGUUACUAUGAUAGUAGCUUUGAUGGGAUUUAUGACCCAUUUGAUCAUUCAUUUUAUGGAGAUUACUUUGACCAAAGCAUGGGUUAUACCUAUGGGAUGUCAGACCCAUACAGCAUGAUGGGUGAUGGUUAUCAGGUUUCAAGACUGUAUAAUGACCCAGAGCUGGCAUAUACAGAUGAUGCUUCCAUUUAUAACCCCUAUCAGCAAAGUUUCUAUAUGGAUGCACCUCUAGAUCAGACUAUGACCGAACAACUAUAUGGACAGGGGCAGUUUUCUUACGCAGUCACUGAACCAUUUUCAGCAGGGCAGUUUAAGGUCCCCAGGCCCCAGGUUAUGCUGUUUGGAAAUGAAAGACUAGAUGUGGAAAAUGUUCCAUCUCUUACGUACCCUCCUCCCUCCUCCCCAAUGUUUGCUCCAUCAUCUCCAUCUCUGGCCCUCAACAGUCAGGAUAUGAUGCCAAAUAUACAAUAUGAGCAGUCUGUUCCAUCCCACCUUCCAGCACAACAUCUUUAUCCCAGUGUCCAGAACCAGCAACCAACACCACUUAUUCCUCAACAAAUCCCCUUUUCUUCAGCUAUGGUUUAUCAACAGGAGCACAUUCCUCCCCUUCAGUCUAUUCAUCCUCCUCUCUCAGGUUCUCCCAGUCACAUGUCCCUGUCUCCUCUGUCACCGCUGCCUUCCUCUCAGGUGUAUCUUCCCUCCCUCCCUCAAAAUCCACAUAUGUUCCAAAUGGGGCAAAUGUCAUCAAUGGUACCCCCAGCACGACCACCGAUGCCUCCACUGAUGCAAUCACAGUUGCAUUCACCAGUGGCUUCACCAAGGCCAAUGAGACGAAUGAGCCCACUUCCAUCUCCACAGCCUUCACUGAGAGUAAGAUCAGCUAGGCUAAAGGCACCUCCUUCACCCCGCCUCUCAUCAUUUCAUAGGCCACUUCAAACAGACAUACAAGCAGAGCCCCACUUUUCUCCUCAAUUAUCUCAAAGAGGGCCCACCCACCGGAUACAAAGGAUAGGUCAGCGUGCAGCUUCUCCAAGUGACAGGUUGAGACCAGUAAGCCCUCCUGCUUCUCCACCGUUUCAGAGGAGAGGGAUAUCUGUUCGAACUCAGCCAUCCCUCGCAGGAAGGAGAAGAACUGGUUUGAGGAGGGUGCCAUCAACUGUCCAACCCCACUCCCAAAUUUCCAGCCCUCUAGCUUCACCUCGAGGAUCACUAAGAAGGAGACUAAGCCCACCUCCUUCCCCAAGGCUGUCUUUCAGGAAGCAACCACCUCCAGAUGCAGUGCCUCUCCCACCUACACGACCUCAUUUGUUCAAAGGAAGAAAAACAUCCAAGCUGAUGCGUUCACCAUCUCCUCCUCAACCCUUUCCACAAAGUCGGAGUCCCCCUGUCCCUGACAGACCUCAGUCACCCCCACAUGCUUUCCGACCCCCCUCAGCAAACCGUCCUAAUUCACCUCCAUAUUUAAGCAGUCGCUCUAUUCUCACCCGCUCCUCUACUCGCAGGCUGAUAAAUGCUCCUGGUGGGCGAAGUCAUGUGCCCACAGGGGCUGUCAAACCCUCACCAAUUAACCCUUACUUAAAUAGAUGCAGUAAACGGAGACCACCUGUCACUCAGCAUGUUGCUCCAUUCAGGUCUUCUAUCCAUAGUGGCCCAGCCCCUCCCUCACAACAAAUAGGAGGUGCAGCUGCAACCACACCAUUUGCCAGAACGGGAUCCCGGCCUACAGUAUUAAGAGAAUCCCAGCAGUUUGGUGUUCACCAACAGGCCCUGCACAGACCUGUAGGUAGAGGUCAGCCUUUAGUUAGAAUGCCCAGAGGGCAGCCCACUCUUUCAUCCAGGCCAUCAUUCAGAGCACCACCCCCAGUGCCUCCUUCCUCACCCCAAACUCCUUUAAAACAAAGUGGCCCUAUUUCUCCUCAACCAUCAGUACGUAGGCUACAUAGUAGACCUCCAUCUCCACAUCUAUUGCGGCAUUCAUCUCCUCUCCCCUCUCGUUCAGCUUCACCCAUGCACCACAUCACUAACCCACCUUCUCCUUUGCCUCAUAGGGCUAUGACUCCUCAGAGUCUGGGGCCAGCAUUAUUUCAACCUCAUUCUCCUCACCCCAGUCUUCCUCCUGGUACUCUCCCACCAUCACCAACUACCAACUACUACAACUACAGAGUAAUGGAACCAGGUCCAUCUACAGUGCUGACAAAUGCUUCACCAAACCCUGAGGUUGGAAGUGCAUCCUUUUCAUCUACCCAACUUCAUUCCUCCAUCCCCUAUUCCACUACUACUUUUCCAGAAUCUCUACAAAGAUCUUCUUCCCCCCAUACACAGCAGGAAGUAUACCCUCAAAACCUUCCUUCACAUGGCCAAUCAUCACCACAUCUUGGAAAUGCACUUCAGAACCCUUAUCUGCAUAAUGCCAAUAACAUUACACCACUGUUCCAGAGAAACACUUCUCCCAUACCCAGUGGCCAGGUGGAGAGAAUGGAUGAUGUAGUAGUAAAUCAGCAGCUGAAUACACAGUCCACUCCUAAUGCUUUGAUGCAGAACUCUCAUCUUCAUAGUGCCUCAUAUUCAUCUCCACUACAACGCAAUGCCAACCAUCAUGCAACUGUCAUCUUGCCUCCUCAGGGAGCAGCUGCUCUUGCUCCCACACUACCCACCUCCCCACAUUUGUCCUCAGCCAUGAUCAACUCUCAGCUACGUAAUGCUUCCUUUGCCUCACCUUUUCAAAAGCAGUUUCCAACCUUGUCCUCUACAGCUCCUGCUAUGUCUCCAACUAAUCCUCAUCAAGGGACUAUUAGAGGAGCAUCCUCCUUUCUCUCCGGUGGGCUCAGGACAUCCCAAAUCCAGGGAUCCAUGUUCAGGUUUCCAGAUGGUGCUCUUACAAUGCCCCAUGGUCCUACUGAGCCUCCAGCUGUCACAAAUAGUGGUGGAGGUGUUAAUGGUGGUGGGAUACUGACACCAUCCAUGCUCUCCAGUGCCCUACAGAAUCAAAGCCUAUGUCAGGCCACCUACCGUUUACCUGAUGGAACACUAAUCAAUCAGAACGAUCCUGCUCAACCUUCUUCAGCACCAUCCCCACUCUCCUCACCUAUGUUGUCCUCUGCUUUGCUCAGUCCCAGUUUGCGACAGGCCACAUAUCAUUUGCCUGAUGGCACAUUAAUUACCAGGACAGAAUCAACAUCUGUACCAUCCCCACCCACACCUAUGCUUUCAUCGGCAUUACUGAAUUCAAAUGUACAAAAAGCUACUUACAGGCUGCCAGAUGGAACACUGUUUACAAGGGGUGAGCCAGCACCCGAACCUGUCACUCCUUCCUCCCCAUUUCUCUCCUCUGCUCUUCUUAAUACAAAUAUCCGUAAGGCCUCAUAUCGAUUACCUGAUGGGUCAGUACUUACCCAGCCAGGGCAACAAAAUAGAAAUGAUGAAAGUGCAAAAUCACCACUGGGGCUAUCUAAUGCCCUACUGAAUGCUAAUCUGCGUAAUGCAAAGUUCCAGCUCUCACAAGGAUCAGCACUGUUUUCACGAAACCAAGCCCAACCUACCACCUCUGUUGCUUCAGGGCCUGUUCUCUCUGGUGCCUUACUUAACACUAAUAUUCGCGGUGCCUCUUACAAUCUCUCAAGCAAAUCUCUAUUGAGGCAUCCUGGUUCUGCUGACAAUUCAGAAUCUUCUACCCUCAACCUUUCCAGUGCCCUCAGGAACCAGAACAUUCGAUCAGCCACUUAUCGCUUGCCAGAUGGUACUCUAAUAAUGCGUUCUCAGCUGGCUGAGGCACCUCAAACUAUUGACCUGUCAAAUGCAUUGUCAAAGAACCCGAAUCUUCGGACUGCAAAGUACCGUCUCCCCAAUGGCAAUAUCAUGGCACAUCUUGGAGCUCCAAGCACCCCAGAACCCAGAUCCUUUAACCUCUCUGGUGCCCUGAAAAAUCCUCAACUCGCAGGGGCCUCUUAUCAUUUACCAUUCUCAUAUGCUGUCGUAAUGCCACAGACCCAUGGACCUGGGACUGAGCAGCACUGGUCCCAUGGCACAGACACUGAAGCCUUGGGGAUGCAGCAAGAUGUGGAUGUUUGGGGUGCUGAGAGGUUAUUACCUCAUAGAACAGUGCAGAACCUCAGUAAGUGGUCUAUGUAUCGAGAUGAGGAGCUAUUGGACCCCCAAGGCCUGACAGGACAACAGAUGGGACAGGAACCAGGAGAUUGGAAUCUAAGCAGGGAGGGGGAGCCUCAGGGACACUGGUAUGACAAGAUGUAUUCCAUCAGAUGCCUGACCACUAUGGGUCACCGUGUGCAACGAGAGGAAGAUGGAGUGGAAGACAUGACACAGCUAGAGGAGAUGCAUGAGGAUGCUGUUCUGCUGAACCUGAGGAAAAGAUUUGAACGAGAGCUAAUUUAUACAUAUAUUGGCAGUAUUCUGGUAUCAGUAAACCCCUAUAAGAUGUUUAACAUCUAUGGGACAGAUGUUGUGCUGCAGUACAAGGGUCACGCUCUGGGAGAGAACCCUCCGCAUUUGUUUGCCACAGCAAAUGCUGCUUAUUCCAAACUGAUGGAUGCCAAACAUAACCAGGUCAUAAUAAUCAGUGGGGAAAGCGGCUCUGGAAAAACAGAAGCCACCAAACUUGUCCUUCGCUACUUAGCAGCAAUACAUCACAAAAGCAAUCUCACACAACAGAUUGAGAUACUUGAGGCAACUCCUCUCUUGGAAUCUUUUGGAAAUGCCAAAACUGUACGCAAUGACAAUUCCAGUCGCUUUGGGAAAUACAUUGAGGUCUUUCUAGAAGAUGGUGUGAUCAGUGGUGCCAUAACCUCUCAGUACCUUUUGGAAAAGUCCCGUAUUGUCUUCCAGGCCAAAGAUGAGAGGAAUUAUCACAUCUUUUAUGAGAUGUUGGCAGGCCUGCCCUUACAACAGAAACAGGUUUUUUAUUUGCAAGGGGCUGAGACUUACUAUUACCUCAACCAGGGUGGGGAUUGUGUGAUAGGAGGAAAAAAUGAUGCAGAUGACUUCCGGCGUCUGAGGGCUGCCAUGGAAAUCCUCCACUUCACCCCCGAGGAUCAGUCGGGUGUUUUUAGAAUUCUUUCUUCCAUACUCCACCUGGGCAAUGUGUACUUUCAGAGAUACGAGGCUGAUGGCCAGGAGGUGGCGUCAGUGGUAAGUGCUCAGGAGAUCAGGGUAGUUGCAGAGCUGCUACAGAUCUCCCCAGAGGGACUACAGAAAGCUGUCACCUUCAAAGUCACGGAGACCAUGAGGGAAAAGAUCUACACCCCGCUGACUGUGGAAAGUGCUGUUGAUGCCAGAGAUGCUGUUGCCAAGAUCCUGUACUCGAUGCUCUUCCAUUGGUUGACAGAGAGGAUCAAUGCUCAGGUGUACCCGCGCCAACACACCCUCUCUAUCUCCAUCCUGGAUAUUUAUGGAUUUGAGGAUCUGGCCUUCAACAGCUUUGAGCAGCUUUGCAUUAAUUAUGCAAAUGAGUACAUGCAGUUCUUCUUCAACAGGAUUGUAUUCAGGGAGGAACAGGAGGAGUACAGCAGAGAGCAGAUUCCCUGGCAGGACAUUGCAUUCAGUGAUAACCAACCCUGCAUUGACAUCAUUGCUGCUAAGCCUCAUGGGAUACUGAGGAUUCUGGAUGACCAGAGCUGCUUCCCUCAGGCGACAGACCAUACUUUUCUCCAAAAAUGUCACUAUCACCAUGGCAACAACCCACUCUAUGUGAAGCCCAAGAUGCCUCUUCCAGAGUUCACCAUCAAGCACUUUGCUGGUCGGGUCACCUACCAGGUUUACAAGUUCCUCGACAAGAACUAUGAUCAGGUCAGACAGGAAGUCCUGGAUCUGUUCAUUCAGAGUAAAAACAAGAUGGUGUCAAACCUAUUUGUGGUUCACAAAGAGGUCAUGGGUCAGCAGAGAGGUCAUGUGAGGAAAAGUAGCACAGUGACCAGAAAAUACCAAGCACCCACCGUCAGCAGCAAGUUCCAACAAUCUCUGCUAGAGCUGGUAGAGAAGAUGGAAAGGUGCAACCCAUUUUUUGUUCGCUGCAUUAAACCGAACAGCAUGAAGGAGCCAGGUGUGUUUGACAGUGAGCUGGUUAGUAGCCAGCUGAGGCACAAUGGAGUGCUGGAGACCAUUCGGAUUCGUAGAGAAGGAUAUCCUGUCAGAAUGACAUUUUAUGUCUUCCUGUUCAGGUAUAAAUCCCUGGUGGGUAUACAAGAGCUUCCAGCUCCAAAUGGGGACACCUGUGUGCUGUUGCUGAGUAAACUGUGUCCCCUCACGCCAGGAUCCUUCCAUGUUGGAGUCACCAAGUUGUUUUUGAAGGAGGAAGUCUACCAGCUGUUGGAGAGUAAACUGGAUCGUGCCCGGCAUCUCGCCGCCCUAACCCUGCAACGUUACACCCGCAUGUUCUUCGUCAGGAAACGUUACUUGGCCUUCCGCCACAAGAUCAUUGGGCUACAGGCGCAGUGCCGAGGCUUCCUCACGAGGAAGCGUUAUGUGAAGAUGAGGGAGAGUCUGGUUCGGUUUCGAUCUCUUGUUCACAUGUAUGUCAACCGCAAACGAUACAUCAAGAAGACAUUUGAAGCUCAGAGGAAAGCUGAGGAAGAGAGAAGGAGAAGAGAAAUGGUGGUUAAUGUGACGCACUUGGUGAUCCCUGCAGAGCUGGGCACUUUGCUGCAGGUGGCUGCAGUCAAGAGGGAGCUGCACUCGGACUGUUUGGCUCUGCUGCAGGCUCCUCACAUCCAGGAGGAUGCUCAGCUCACUCUGCCUCUGGACAUCAACAACUACCCCUUCUACCGCUAUGUGCAGAUCUACUUCACCGAGCCAAAGUUUGGGAUGCUUUUGGCCCCUCUAGAAUCUCCACUGACCCGUUUGGAGGACAACCUGAGAGGAGAAGCUCUUCAGCUUUUCAUCAUGGUAUUAAGGUUUAUGGGCGACCCACACCUCAAUGGGGCACAGGAGAACUUAUUUGGGAAUUACAUCAUCCAGCGGGGCCUGUCGUCACCAGGGUUACGGGAUGAGAUUCUGUCUCAGGUUGUCAACCAGGUGUGGAGGAACAUAAACGUAGAUAACGCUGAGAGGGGUUGGCUGCUGCUGCUAGCGUGCGUCUGUAGCUUCGCCCCAUCGCCCAAAAUGGACAAAUACCUCCUUAAGUUUGUAUCUGACCACGCCCCUGCAGGGUGUCAGUCACUGCUGCAACACAGGCUCAUCCAAGCCAAUCAGAAAUCUGAGCUGAGCUUAGGCUCUGCGUGCGAUACUGCACGGACCUAUCCGCUGUCACUGCUGGAGUGGACAGCCAAUAGGAAGAAGGCUAUCAUGGUGGUACAUGUGCACUGCUUUGAUGCAGGCUCAUUCUUAUGCCCAGUCCAUUCCUGGACCAGUGGUGAGGAUUUAGCUGGACUUAUCCUGCGUCACAGGGGAGUGUCUGAUUGGUGGAAGGGGAGCUCAGUUCUCAUGAAGGAGCAGGGCCAGUGGGUGGAGUUAGCCGGCCAUGACUAUGUCAUGGACCUCAUUGCAGAUCUGGAGCUUCCAGUGGACUUUCCAAAGCAGAAGAGUUACUUCAUCAUCAGCACUGACAAUCCUACUCGAGUCAGAGCCAACACCAGCCUGACUUUGUUCGGCAGUGGUUUUGACUCAGAUGAGGAGCUCACUCCCUUCAGUCCUCUCAACAGCAGCAGACCAGCCUACAGUCUGCCUGAUUCUGAUGGUUACUACAGCCACGAGGCGGACACAUUGAGUGAUGGUCAGACGCAGAGGGGAAUGGACCAUUACCUGGACAGUCUGUUUGACCCCGUGCUGUCCGACAGCAGUAUUACUGAAAAUUUGUCCGCAAGGAUUAAGGGAGGAGGAGGUGUAGGCAUCACGGGAGGAGGCGAUGGGGACCAGAGUCGUACCACCUCCAGCCGGCCAUACCCACCAGGAAUACACCCUGGAGCUGUGCCAGUGCUUCCUGUAGCAGGAGGAAUGAUGCCACCCAUUCCUGCCAUACCCUCCCACCACCAUCACCAUGAACAACAUGAGCAGCAACAACAAUACCACCAAUACAAUCGUCCCCAACAGCCCUACCAUCAGCAGAUUCCCCCUGCCACACGUGUAGCAGCUACCCCUAUUACUGACAGAGGUGCUGAAGUAGAAUCCCCAGUCACUGGUGUCACCAGUCUACCCCAAGGUAUGCCAGGGGUGCCCUCAGUCCCUGCCCCGUCUAUGGCGCCAGGUUUGGCUGUGAUGCCAGGUUUUCCAGAUCAGGCAACACUGACACAACAGCAACAAGCCAUCAUCAACCAGCAAGCCAUCCUUCUGGCACAGCAGAUGACCAUGCAGGCGAUUGCAAUCCAGCAGCAGAUGUUGUCAUCCUUCCCUCCCAGUACACCAGCCCCCCAGUUGCCACCCUCACAGCAUCACUCACACACGCAGCAACACACACCUAGCCCUACUAAGCAGCGCGAGGAGUCACUGUAUAAGCUGAGUUCCACUGCUGCUCAGCGACAAAUGAGUCAGACUGGUGGUCCCUCUCCUGAGGAUGUGGUUCAAUCCACCAUGAGUAACAGCGAGUGCAAUGACCCAAGUCAUGACAUCAAAGACAUCAUCAAACAGCACCAACCACCUGCUCCUACUGGAUCUCCCACACAAAGAAAAUCAGAGGGCAAGAUGUUUACAAAGAAGCCAGACCCUCAUGAUGAAGCCAUGGAGAUCCUGAAAGACCAGAUGGCCAACCCACCACAACCAGUACCCAAGAUUCACCCAUCUACUCAGAGAAAGUCUCUGUCUUCAAAAUCUAAAGAGGAGGGAAGAGUUAAGUUUUCCAAGAUGAGCAAGACCUCAAUUACCACCGAUAUAAACCCUUCCCCUCCUCCAGUUUCUAGGGACUUGCCCAUAGAGGAAGAAAUCAUUCAAACACAACUGCACAGCAGAACCAGUGACGAGUACUACACCUACACCAACGUCCCCUGGAAGCUCUACAUGAGGAAAGAGGUGUUUUAUCCAAAAGAGACAUUUAACAAUCCACUGGUUCUGGACCUGAUCUUCAGACAGGUUGUACAUGACACUUUCUCUGAGGCCUGUAUCCGAAUCACCCAGGAUGAGAGACAAAAGAUGAAAACUCUUUUUGCGGAGAACCGAGUUGAACAGAUUGCAGGAACACAGGAUGAAAAUGUUAAGAAGAAAGUGGUCGCCAUGGCAAGAGACUCGUUGGAUAUCUACUUCUCUCGACUCUUCCCAGCCUCAGGCAGUGUGGGCACUGGGGUGCAGGUGUUGUCGGUGUCUCACAGAGGCAUCAAACUACUGAAGAUGGUGAGAAGCAGCUCCACCGCGCCAGACUACUUCAAAGUGCUGAGAUUUUACAGCUACUCGGACAUCCUUUUUGUGUCAGUUCCAUCAAACAACAUGCUGGAGUUCAACCUGACCAACGAGAAGCUGAUCCUCUUCUCUGCCAAGGCGGCGCAGGUCAAACACAUGAUCGACCAUUUCCUCACCGAGCUCAAGAAGGACUCUGAGUAUGUGGUGGCGGUGAGGAAUUACAUCACUGAGGACAGAAAUCUGCUGAGCUUCCACAAGGGGGACAUUAUUAGACUACAGCACAUGGAUGGGCUGGAUGCUGGUAAAUAUUACGGCUGCAUAGUGAGGAAGAAGGUCAUGCUUCUGGAAGAGCUCAAGAGGGACACGUCUGAGUUUGGGUGGCGGUUUGGAGCUGUGUGCGGAAAGUCUGGACUCUUUCCACGUGAAUACGUCCAUCCCGUUGCUGCUCCAGACUUCCUGGUCCUCCCUGCUGAGCGGGUGGAACCUCGUGACAGACAGGGACGAGUUGCUGCCUCUGCUUCUGUUGCUGUUGCAAUGGGCUCAAUGGUAGCUGCCCAUGAGCUUGACCUGUCCACUGAGGUUGUAAACGACUCUCACGGAGACAGUUUGAGCAUUGGCCUGGACGAUUUACCUCUGCAAAGUAGCCAGUACCACAUGGCGGAAUUUGCUAAGAAGUACUUCAGAGAGGCACAGAGGAACAGGAGUGAUCAAAAACUAAAGAAGGGGAAGGAGGGAAGGGAUCCUGCUGACAUGGUCAAAUUCUCAAAGUCUCCGAUCCAAGAGUCGCUGAUUGAUUUCUCUGACAGCGGGAUGAACAGAGUGGCGACUGACAUCUUCUUAGCCAUUAUGAGGUUUAUGGGAGACUCUUCACUGAAAGGUCAAACUGAACAGGACCUGGUCACCACUAUACUCAAGUUAAGUGCUGACCACGGCUUGAUGAAAGAUGAAGCUUACUGUCAGGUGAUGAAGCAGGUCACUGCCAACACCAGCCCCAAGCCAGACAGUUGUCAGAGAGGAUGGAGGCUGCUGUACAUCCUGACAGCCUUCCAUCGCUGCUCCGAUGUCAUGAAGCCGUUCCUGUUCAAGUUCUUGCAGGAUGUCUCCGCUACUCCUGGCCUGCAGUACCAGGGAAUUGCCAAGGCGUGUGAGCAGAAUCUGAGGAGGACUUUUCAAUAUGGAGGACGUCUUCAAUAUCCAAACACCAUGGAACUCAAAGCUAUGCUGGCUGGGCGGAGCUCCAAGAGACAACUGUUCCUACUUCCAGGUGGGAUUGAAAGACACCUGAAAAUCAAGACAUGCUCUGUUGCUUUGGAUGUCAUUGAGGAGCUUUGCUAUGAGAUGGGUUUACACAGGGAGGAGGCUUUGGAUGAAUAUGCUGUGUUUUUGGUCACGCACAAAGGUCAGAAUGUGCGCCCCUUAAACAAGCGUGAGUACAUCCUGGACAUUGCUACCGAAGCAGAGGCAGUGGAUACCAGUUAUAGCCUGUGGUUCAGAAGGGUCAUAUGGAGUCUGGCUCUCAAAUUAGACAACGAACUCUAUGUCACCAUGCACUACAAUCAGGUGUUGCCAGAUUACUUUAAGGCCUUGCUGAGUGUGAUCUCUCAGGGUAAGGCCAGUGAACAGCAUCUGCAGCAGAUCGCCAGACUGGCAGCCCUACAGCACCGUGCCAAAGACACAGUCUACCUCCCCACCAUGCGUGAGGUGCAGGAGUGUGUCCCCCCUCAAUUUUACAGCAAACAGGGUCCACAGCAGUGGCUGAAUAUGGCAACUCAACACAUGCAGCAGAUCCAACCCCUAAAUCCACACCAGGCCCGUGCACAGUUCCUUGGUCUUGUCAGCGCCUUCCCCAUGUUUGGCUCCUCCUUUUUUUACAUCCAAAGUUCUAGCUCUGCUUCGAUCAACGCUCCGUGCAUCCUGGCUGUUAAUCUGAACGGACUACACUUCCUUAACAAGGACACUCAUGAGGCCACAGUACGCUUCCCUAUGAAGGAAGUCCAGUCGACACGCACCCAGAGACCAACGUCAGGUUCCAGCUACCCGUAUGUGGAUAUCAUGAUUGGAGACCUUCUCAACCAACACAUCAUGCAGCUACAGCUGGAACAGGGGCUGGAGCUGUGCAGAGUGAUUGCCAUGCACAUGGAGAACAUGUUGUCACUCAGAGAGAAGAGACUCACAUUGCCACCGAGUGAAAUCACCCUGCUGUAGCGCUCAUGCGACAUACGAGCUCAUAAUGAACGUUCUUCCUCACAAAUGCACUGUAUCUACCUCUGUUUCAGAAGCAGAAUAUUUUGAUAUUAAAUAAUUUAACGUGCACACACAC